UACAUGGGCAUGUCUCUGAGUUGAACCAAUCUCUUUUUUACUCUGGAGUCCACCGGUAUUUUACGCGUAAAUACCUCAACAUGGCCGAAAGAAACCCGUGCGGUGGGGAAGACUUAACAGACGAGGACGAGGAAGAAGAAGAGCUGGAUCCUCGCGUGCAGGACGAGCUGGAGAAAUUGAACGCCGCAGCUAUCUCGAUAAAUCAUAUAGAAGCAGAACUUGAUGAGGCUAGGGCAGUUUUCCGGCAAACCAUGGCUGCAGCAACAUACCAUCUAAACGACCAAGCGAAAAAACUAGGGAAGUGUAUUGAAAAGGCAAGACCUUUCUAUGAUGUGCUCAGAGAGAUGCGCAAGGCUCACUCUCAGCUACAAAAGGCAACUCUUCAGUAUGAAAAAGCAAGUAGCAGGCAUGUAUGUGCACGGAAGACAGUGCAUGAGGCUGAACAGAGGGUAUUUUGCGGUGGAGAGAAGAGAGCAUUUGAUGCAGCAUUGCAAGAAAUUCUCAACCAGGCCACAAUUGAGGUCAAUGAGGCUGAAAAUCAAAAAAAGGAGAGUUGGGUGACUCAUCAGAAAAUGUACAAGUCCUACCAGGAAGUGGAUCAAAAAGCCAGGACUAUGCAGAGCAAACUGAAAAAAUUUAUUGAGAAAGCCAAGCCCUAUUUUACUCAAAAAGUGUCCUUUGAUCGUCAUUUAUGGCAAUUAAAACUGAGAGUGGACUGGAUACAGAAGGGCCUCGGUGAAGCAAAAGUCAACUACUCCAAGUGCCUAAGAUCCUUGGAGGUCAUCAGCGACGACAUCCAUCAGAAAAGAAAACACAAGAAAACGCUCCCCUUGUUGGCCAAUCUGCAAGAAAGGGAAGCGGGUGUUGGGGCAGAUUCUGAAGACGAAGCGUCUUUGGAACAAAGCCAACUCGAUCUCGACCUUGAUUGUAAUUCAAGUCUCAGCGAACUGGAUGGAAUUGCUGCCGAGAACCUGCCUGAUUUGCCGACUUUGACUGGCAGGGUGCUUACGGAUGCAAAGGAGCCUUCUGAUGUAAACGCGUCCACUGAAGGUGCAGCUGUAGAACGAGGAAAUGUGGACCUUGGGUCGAUAUCAAGGGAAGCUCUGGAAAGGAGUGUAUCAGGGGCUGAGAGCAACGAAAGCGUCGAUUCUGAUUCGCUGGCGAGUUUAGCGAGGUCUGGCUCUUUCAAACGAGAGGUUUAUGGCUGUGAACAGGACGAGGACGAAGUAGAAGAGUGUAAUAUUGCUAGUAAAGAGUCACCAAGGGAAGAAUACGAAGAAACUACAGAAUUGACCGAGAAACUCGACAGGAAUAUUACACUAACAUCUGAAAGUGACUGGUCUGAAAGUAUUAGUGAUACACCUGUGGGUGACAGCUCAAGUGUGCAACAAGAAAAAAGCACACAAGGGUCGAAUUUCUCAGAAGAAAUUCUAGUUCAAGAACAGACGGAGACUAAAAAUCUUGAUGCAAUAGAUAGUUGUGUUGCUUCCAUACAGGAAGCAGCUGUGGAAGGAACUCGGAAACGUGAUUCCGAAGCAUCGUUCGAUGUUGACAAUACAGACGAUAAACAUGGUUUAAGCAGCGAGUGCGAAUCAUCGCCAGCAAAUGAUGAUGCUGUCGAAGUGAAUUUAAAAGAUGCACCAACUGUGUUAUCGUCAGAGGUACUUGCUGGGAAUGGUGCUGACCAAUGUGAGCCUCAGAAAGAUCCAGCUGAAGCCACUUCAGAGCAAUCCUCCGAUAAUGGCGAGUGGAUUUAGCUGGAAAGCUCGAACAUGUGACUUUUUAAUGAUCACAAAAAUGAUUCUAACUUGUUCAUACCGGUUGCCAAGGGAUCUCUUCUGGAAAUCAUAGAAACCCGGCCAUUUUGUACUAGUAUAACAGAACGAUGGAAAUCAGAAAGCCUCCAUACUCCUUAACUCAUGGUUAAGUGUUGUAGUUUAGAGAACCUUUUGUAUCAGUGACGCAAACGACAUCACAUACAUAGAUAAGGACCAUAUCACGAACUGAAAAUUAUGAUGGAUAGUGCGUUUCUCCUUUUGCAGAUCUGUGUAUUUUUUUCAAAAAUAAUUCAUACCUUUUUUCGUAAGUUUUCAUGAUCAGUUGUAAGGGGGGAUUUAUGGCUUUUAUAAUACAUAUCAAAACAAUAUUUAUAGGAUGGGGAUUUCUAAAAAUCAAAUGAAAUACAUAAUAUAUUACGAAUAUGCA